AUGAGGGGUAAAUUCAUUGUACUCGAAGGCUUGGAUAGGUCAGGCAAGUCUACCCAAGUGGACAGACUCAUCCAGCGUCUCGAGCAGGAUGGUCCAGCGAGGCUGCAAAAGUUCCCAGACCGCACAACCUCGAUUGGCAAGAUGAUUGACGCGUAUCUUCAGUCCAAGACCGAGAUGGAUGACCGAGCCAUCCACUUGCUCUUUAGCGCCAAUAGAUGGGAGUGCUCGAAGCGAAUACGAGAGGAUAUAGCCAAAGGCAUUACGGUCGUUGCGGAUCGCUACGCGUUCUCUGGGAUCGCAUUUUCUGCAGCCAAGGGACUACCCUUCGACUAUUGCCUCGCGCCAGACGAGGGUCUACCCCUCCCUGAUGUGGUCAUCAACCUGUCGCUCUCGCCCGAGGACGCCGCCAAGCGGGGCCAGUACGGCGAGGAGAAGUACGAAACGCUGGACAUGCAGGAGCGGACGCGAGCUCAAUUCAAGCUGGUAGCCAGAGAGAUGGAGAGGAGGCAUCCGGGGAGGUGGAAAGACGUGGAUGCGGCUGGGAGUGUGGAAGAGGUUGGGGAGCGGAUUCGGCAGGUUGUGGGGGUGGAGGUGGAUACCGAACUGGGGCAGCUUUGGAUGUAG